AUGGCCUGGAGUAAGGUACCUCUGCUCUUGCAUGGAUUUCUCCUGCUGGUUCUGUGUAAACCCUCACUUCAAGGAGGAAUCUACAUACCAGCUGGUGCAGGGGGAGGAACUGGAGCUGGAUUAGGGGGUGGUCUUGGAACUGGAGCUGGACUUGGUGCUGGAACAGGCCCCGGAGGAGGAUUUGGUGCUGGAAUCGGAAGUGUUGGGCCAGGAGUUGGUCCUGGAGGAGUUGGAACAGGAUUAGGUCCAGGUGGUCUUGGAAUAGGGCCAGGAACUGGAAUCAGACCUGGAACUGGAGUUGGAGGAAUACUUGGUUUCAAACCAGGAAAGACAGGACGCUUGGGAGGUGGUGGUGCUGGGGGGCAAGGUGCUGGACUGGGUGCAGGGCUUGGGGGAGUUGGGCCUGGUGGUACAGGGCUUGGUACAGGAGGACUUGGUACUGGUGGAUUAGGCACCGGAGGCCUCGGGACAGGGUCAUUCGUCAAGCCACCUAAAACAGGAGGAUAUGGAGGUCUACCAGGAUUUGGACCAGGUGGUACAGGUGUUGGUCCUGGAUCACUUGCACCUGGAGGAUUUGGUCCUUCUGGCAUUGGUCCAGGAGGCAUUGGACCAGGAGGAAUAGGACCUGGUGGCAUAGGACCUGGUGGCAUUGGACCUGGUACCAUAGGAACUGGACCAGGAAGUGUCGGACCUGGAGGAAUUGGUGCUGGUGUUGGAACUUGGAGCCUUGGAGCAGGUGCUGGUGGCAAACCCCCUAAACCAGGUUAUGGGAGUAUUCUAGGCACUUAUGGAACUGGAGGUCUUGGUGGCCUUGGACUUAGGCCAGGGGGUGCUGGCCUUGGAGGUGUAGUACCGGGUGGCUUUGGUGUUGGUCCUGGAGCUAGUGGCACUGGCACAGGAAUACCUGGACAAGGUGUGGGCACUGGUGUGGGAGGGUUUGGCCCUGGUGGAGCUGGUCCAGUAGGUGCUGGAAGAGGUGUGGGAGGAAAACCACCCAAAACAGGUUAUGGAGGUCUUGGUGGUUAUGGCCCAGGAGGUGUCAGCACUGGAGGUAUAGGACCUGGUGCCAUUGUCCCUGGUGGCAUUGGACCAGGUGGCAUUGUCCCUGGUGGCGUUGGACCAGGUGGCAUUGUCCCUGGUGGUGUUGGACCAGGUGGUAUUGUCCCUGGUGGUGUUGGACCAGGUGGCUUCAGGCCUGGUGGCAUUAUCCCUGGUGGUGUUGGACCAGGUGGUAUUGUCCCUGGUGGUGUUGGACCAGGUGGCUUCAGGCCUGGUGGCAUUAUCCCUGGUGGUGUUGGACCAGGUGGUAUUGUCCCUGGUGGUGUUGGACCAGGUGGCUUCAGGCCUGGUGGCAUUAUCCCUGGUGGUGUUGGACCAGGUGGUAUUGUCCCUGGUGGUGUUGGACCAGGUGGCUUCAGGCCAGGUGGCAUUGUCCCUGGUGGUGUUGGACCAGGUGUCUUGAGUCCUGGAGCAGGCAGAAAACCUGGGAAACCAGGUUAUGGUGGGCCUGGGGGUUUUGGACCGUUUGGAACAGGAAGUCUUGGAGCAGGUGCUAUUCCACUUACACCUGGAGAUGCUGGAACAGGCUAUCCAUCAGGUGGUAGCUAUAGUGGAUAUGGUACUUAUCUUGGAGCUGGAACAACUGGUCAGAAACCACCAAAACCAGGAAUUGGACCUGGAGGUGUAGGAAUUGGUCCAGGCGGCACAGGACUUAGACCUGGGGGUGCGGGAGUUCUGCCUGGAGGUGUAGGAAUUGGACCAGGUGGCACAGGAAUUGGACCAGGUGGUGCAGGAAUUGGUCCAGGUGGAGCUGGAUUUGGGCCUGGAGGUGUAGGAAUUGGACCUGGUGGCACUGGAACUGGAAUUGGAGGAGCAGGAGUUGCACCUGGUGGAGCACCUUUUCUCCCUCAAACUGGCUUAGCAGGAACUGGAACUGGGACAGGCGCUGGGGGAAAAGUCGGAAAGUUUGGGAAGGCACCAGUGCCAGGUGUUGGGAUUCCUGGGCUAUACCAAGGGGGUAUAGUUCCUGGACAAGGUUUUGGCGGUAGAGGCAUUCUGCCAGGUGUAGCCACAGGAUCUCAAACUGGGCAGCUUGGUCAAGGUGCACUUGGAGCUAAUGGAGGCCGUGGAGGAUUUGGUCAACAAAUACCAGGCGUGUUCCGUGGAUAUCCUCUUAUAUCACCAAAGUCUGGAGGUACAAGCGCUGCUAAGUCUCAGGCUAAAGCUGCCAAGUACGGGGCUGGUGGUGUUCCGGGUCUCGGUGGUGGGCUUGGAGGUAUACCUGGUGCAGGUGUUGUUCCAGGCAUAAGUGGCAUACCUGGUGCAGGUGGUGUGCCAGGAAUAGGCGGUGUUACAGGUGCAGCUGGUGUUCCAGGUGUCGGAGUCAUUCCUGGAGCUAGCGGUGGAACUCCAGGUGUCCUAUAUCCGGGAGCUGGUGGUUCCUAUCCUGGGGGAACUGGGGCAAAAGCUCGAAAGUAUGCUUUCGGCAUAGGAACUGGUGGACUUCCUGGUUCUGGUUUGGGAGUGGGUGGUCUUGGAGCUGGAGGACUACCUGGUUCUGGUUUGGGAGUGGGUGGUCUUGGAACUGGAGGACUUCCUGGUUCUGGUUUGGGCGUGGGUGGUCUUGGAACUGGAGGACUUCCUGGUUCUGGUUUGGGAGUGGGUGGUCUUGGAGCUGGAGGACUUCCUGGUUCUGGUUUGGGCGUGGGUGGCCUUGGAGCUGGAGGACUUCCUGGUUCUGGUUUGGGAGUUGGUGGUCUUGGCACUGGUGGAAUCCCUCGACCUGGAGUUGGUCCUGAAGGAUAUGCUGCAGCCAAAGCAAGAAAAUAUGCUCAGCUUGGACGUCCUGGUGGGACUUUAGGUACAGGAGGAUUGCCAGGUGGAGCAGCCGGUGUGUCGGGUGUUGGACUUGGUGGACUACCUGGUGGUGGUCUUGGGAUUGGUGGACAACCUGGAGGUGGAUUUGGAGGGCUACCUGGAGGUGGAUUUGGUGGAUUACCUGGCGGAGGAGCUGGUGGACUGCCUUUUGGAGUUGGUGGUCUUCCUAGCGGUGGUGCUGGAGGACUCCCCGGCUCUGGAAAUGGAUAUGCAGAGGCAAAAGCUCGUAAAUAUGGUCUACUCGGUGGAGGUGCUGGUUUAGGCCCAGGCACUGGAUUAGCUGCAGGUAUUCCAGGUGGAUUACCAGGCACUGGUGUCAGACCAGGUGGGGCAGGGAUUAUACUAGGAACUGGGGCUGGACAAGGAGGUGUACCCGGUGGUGGGCUUGGACCUGGUAGUGUUCCUGGAAGUGCAUUUGGACCUGGAGGAUACGCUGGGGCCAAAGCUCGCAAAUAUGGGAUUACUGGUGGAGCUGGUGGAACAGGAUUGCCUGGAGGAUUAGGAGGGUCACUUGGUAGUGGAACAGUGUCAGGUGUUGGAGCUGCUGGAGGAAUUGGACCUGGGGGGGCACCAUUUGGUGGUUAUGGACCAGGAGGAGCACCAAUCAGUGGCUACGGACCUGGAGGGGCACCUGUAGGUGGUUAUGGGCCAGGAGGAGUACCUGCUGGAGCAUAUCCAGGUGGACCAAAGGCCCUAAAAUAUGGUCCUGGUGGUAGUGGAGGAGCUACAGGACUUGGUCUACAGGGUCAGGUAGGAACCGGUCCAGCAGGAGGAUUUGGCACGGGGGCAUGGCCAGUUGGUGGUUAUGGUCCAGGGACUGUAGGAGGCCACGGGUCUGGAUUUACAGGAGCAGGACUUCCUGUUAGUGCUGUCGGAGCAGGAAGCAGAGGAGGGCUUGGGCCUGGGUAUGGAACAGGUGCUGGAGGAUAUGGACCUGGAUCGAAAGCAGCUAAAUAUGGCAAGUUGAAACACACUACAUGCACUUGCAUGUAUAUUGCAAAGUCUAAACCCAUGCAUAUCUUGAAAGGUUUACCUGGAUCUGGAGGUGUCUUGGGAGCAGGAGGUGUACCAGGAGCUGGAACAGGAUUGGUAGGAGGUCCUGGCGUUCUGCCUGGAGGGCUUGGGACCGGUGUUGGAUAUGGAGGGUAUGGAGGAGCACAAAAACCACCUAAAUAUGGACAACCAGCUGGUGGGGUCGGAAGUGCGUUGGGUGGGUCGGUACCAGCAACUGGUGGAACUGGGGCCACAGGAACCGGAAUUGGAACUGGUGGUGUAGGUGGGGCUGGAGGCACACCAGUUUCAGGAACCAAGCCAGACAAAUAUGGCAUCAUAGGAGGAACAGCAAUUCCAGGAAGUACAGCUGCUACCGGCACAGAUCGUGGAGCAGGACCUAAACCUGGAGUUGAUGGAGUGAUUGGCAGUCCUUAUGAUGCAACCCGUGGUGCUGGAGAAGGUCAAGGUGGAACAAAAGCUCCCAAGACUGAAUCUGGCGGACCAAUAGAGGGAUCAGGUGUUACUGGUGGGUCCAUUGAUGCUGAUGGACUUGAUGGGGUUGCUGGGACAGGAAUACCCAUCUUAGCUGGAGAAAAACCAGGUGUCUCUGGAACUGUACCAGGUGGAACGGGAGUGCCUGGACCCGAGAGAGUUGGCGAUAGUGGAACACUACCAGGAGCCAAACCACUAAAGCCCCCAGGCAUUGGAGGUGGAGCCAUUGCUGGACGUGGAGAUACCCCAGGCACUAUUGAAGGAGGACCUGGAAGUGUAGGCGGUGGUCCAGGUGGGGUUGGUGGAGUUCUAGGAGGAGUUGGUGGAGUUCCAGGGGGAGUUGGUGGAGUUCCAGGGGGAGUUGGUGGAGUUCCAGGAGGAGUUGGUGGAGUUCCAGGGGGAGUUGGUGGAGUUCCAGGUGGAGUUGGUGGAGUUCCAGGGGGAGUUGGUGGAGUUCCAGGUGGAGUUGGUGGAGUUCCAGGGGGUGUUGGUGGAGUUCCAGGUGGAGUUGGUGGAGUUCCAGGUGGAGUUGGUGGAGUUCCAGGAGGAGUUGGUGGAGUUACAGGAGGAAUUGGAGGAGUUAAACCCCCUAAAGUUUACAGCGGUACAGGUGGAACUGGAGCUCUUGGAGUUGGAGGUGUAGGUGGAAUGGGUCCAGCUGGAACAGGAGGAGCUGGACUUCUGCCUGGAGGUGGUGGUUUACUACCAGGAGGUUAUGGAGGAGCUGGAGGUUUAGGAGCUGGUGGGAUCCAACCAGGGACUGGCCUCAGGUUCCCCAGUGGGGCUGCAGUGGGCAGCAAACAAGGAAAAGUUUAUGGGGCAGCAGGCACACUUGGUGGGUUUGGAGGCCCAGGCGGAUAUGGAACAGGACCCGGUGGCUUUGGAGGUGGUCCAGGUGGUUAUGGUGGUGGCCCAGGUGACUAUGGUGGUGGCCCAGGCAGUGCUGGUGGACUUGGAGGGCCUGGAAUAGGUGGGCUUGGUUAUGGUCCUGGCGCAGUAAAACCACCUAAAAGCUAUGGAGGAACUGGAACAUUGGGUGGCGCUGGAAGAGGAGGAAUUGGUGGAGGUCCUGGAGGUCUUGGUGGUGGUCUAGGAGUAGGACCAGGAGGUGUUGGUGGAGGUCCUGGAGGAGUUGGAGGACUGGGUGGAGGUUUAGGUGCCAGAUAUCCAGGUGGUGGCCUGGGAGCUGGAGCUGUGAAACCUGGGAAAUCAGGGUAUGGAGGUUAUGGUGCAGCUGGAGGCGUGGGAGGUCUUGGAGGAGCAGGUGGAGGACUAGGAGGUCUAGGAGGAGGUGCUGGAAGCCCAGUAGGAACUGGCUUUGGCACGGGUGCACUGGGUGGUCAAGGCUAUCAGCCCGGUUAUGGUGGCACUGGUGCAGGGGGACUUGGAAGUGCUCCACUUACACCUCAGCAAUCAAAAGCAGCCAAAUAUGCAGCUCUUCAAGGCUUUCUAGGUGCUGGAGGCUACAGAGGGGGCGCAGGAUGCCAAGGCAAAUACUGUGGAAGAAGGAGGAAGUGAGAAACCAGCUGAUAAAAGUGACCUCAUAAACAAGUGGUGCUACUGCCUGAUCUCAAAUGCACUUUUUUACAGUUUAAAAGUGCCUCGUGUAAUAUGUGAGAGAUUUGGACUUACACUAAAUAAUUUUUCUGCCGUAUGAUUAGAUGUGAUGUGAAACUCACAAGGCACUCUUUGCACUGCCUAAACUCCCUUUACUUUACUUAUGGCACUAUACGUUUUCUACAAGUUUAACAUGAUUGCUUGAUUUUGUUUUCAACCAUGUUACCAUUUAAUGUUCCAUCUUAAAAUUCUGCAGUUCCAGCUGUGCAUCUCUUAUGGUUUUGCUGCAGUUGUUCACUUACACUUAGCUGUGUAUUUAGACACGUGCAAUCUAGGGACGUGUCGCUGCUAUUUCAGGAUGAACUGUGACAGUGGAGGAAGCAGCGUCAUUAGGCUUCAUGUUCUGGCCACCUAUCAUAAAGUAAAGGGAGCCUGUUUUUCUUUCUAGCUGUAUGCAUAUGAGUUCAUGAACCCAUAUUUUGUCUUUUCCAGCAUCUUCAGUCAUUCAAAGCGUAGUCACAUGAAGGAACGCGAUCUAGGCUUACCAAUUUUAGUCUUAUAAGAACAAAGUGCUUGUCGUAACUGCAGUAGACGGCAUCUAAGUACUGAGGAUUAUAAGCUGUCUUCAACGAUACCUCAGGAACUUGAAGCGGUUUCUUUUCUAGUAUCCUGACCCUAGUAAAACCUUGUUUUUGUUUGUUUGUUUUAACGUAACUCUUAUUAAAUUAAAAUGUUGGGUUUUUAAGGGUAUCUAUGCAUUUAACCUAAUGUUUUUUUAAGCAUUGUGUGAUGUGAAUGUUGUAUCUGUGUUUGUAUAAGUGCAACUAUUCAAAUGUGACAUGAAAGUAUGAUA